AUGUCUUUUGGCACGGAUACUGCACCUAGUGGCUGGCAAUGGCCCGAGGAAAUAGCAUCAAAGCCCGAGAAGAAGGAAUAUAUAGAUAUUCCUCCGCCUGGGUCAUUCGAAGCCGAACAGCACGAAGCACCACCCAAUACCUCUGCUGGGGAGCGACCUGCACCGGAACAAGACCCCCUCAACCCAGAAUCUUCUCCUCCAAAAUCUGAGAGGCAUUACGAGCCACGGACAUGCAGGAUAUGCUUAGAGGAAGUCAUGCCAUCAUUUGAGCCAGUGGUGGACGGAGUCGGCUCAUUCCUCAAUCCGUCCCCCAAAGUUGAAUUCAUUUCAGCGGAUCCGGCAUCCGGACGGCUCAUUCGACCUUGCAAAUGUCGAGGAUCCCAGGCAUACGUUCACGAAGGGUGUCUGCAGGAAUGGAGACACUCCGAUCCAAGCUACGGCCGGCGGAAUUUCUGGGAGUGUCCAACCUGCAAAUUCCGGUAUCGACUGGAGAGGAUGAAAUGGAGUCGGUUUAUAUCCAGCACUCUUGCGCAGCUUAUUCUCACAACCGUUAUCAUGGUGGUAACUGUAUUUCUUUUAGGAUUCGUUGCGGAUCCGAUCAUAAGCCUGUACCUUGAGCCGACCGCAACCAUCGCUUCUAUAACCAUGGGUGGGGGACUGGGGGCGCUUGAGUUCGAAGACGAUGUGGACUUGGACUUGGACUUUUUUGAUGGAUGGGUGGUGCAUUUCGUGAAGGGAUUGACUUCUAUAGGCGUGCUUGGAUUCGUCAAGGUUCUCUGGGCUGUAAAUCCUUUUACUUGGUGGAAUCUCCGCACCGGAGGGUUCCUUGGCGGUGGACGUGGCCGACGGAACCGCGAUGAUUCUAACUUUACAUUCAUCCUCAUCAUCGGGAUUAUUACCUUCAUGUUUGGAGUCUGGACUUGGGUCCGAAAGUGGAGUCGAAGAACCCUUGAGAAAGCAGGCGAGCGUGUUGUCGAUGUCCAAGAAGACGAUGAUAACGACGAUGAACACCAAGCCUAA